UUUAUUUUUUAGCCGUGUAGCAUCUGCCCCGUUCAUUCAAACGCUAGCCUGUACUUUGGCUGUUUUUUGUUUAGUUAAUACGUUUAUUCGAAGCUCAGGAAAAGCUCAGCGACUAUCAAGGAGUGUGGAAUUGUUUGGGAUAAUUAAUAAAAAUGUCGAGGAGACGGCAUAGCGACGAGAAUGAUGCAGCAGCUCAGCCUCACAAGAGGAGGCGUACCUCGGAGCCCAUCGAGAUCGAGGACCGCCUGGAGUCCCUCAUCUGCAGAGUCGGGGAGAAGAGCACCUCGUCUCUGGAGAGUAACCUGGAGGGGCUGGCGGGGGUGCUGGAGGCCGAUCUGCCAAAUUACAAGAGCAAGAUCCUGCGCAUCCUCUGUGCCGUGGCUCGUCUGCUGCCUGAAAAGCUGACGGUGUACACCACGCUGGUGGGUCUCCUGAACGCUCGUAACUACAACUUCGGAGGAGAGUUUGUGGAGGCCAUGAUCCGCCAGCUCAAGGAGACCCUCAAGGCUAACCUGUUCGAGGAGGCCACGUACCUGAUCCGGUUCCUGUCAGACCUGGUGAAUUGUCAUGUGAUCGCGGCUCCCUCCAUGGUGGCCAUGUUUGAGAACUUCAUCAGCGUCACCCAAGAGGAGGACAUCCCCCAGGUGCGUAGCGACUGGUUUGUUUACACGGUGCUGUCGUCGUUGCCGUGGGUGGGGAAGGAGCUGUAUGAGAAGAAGGACGUGGAAAUGGACCGCCUCCUCAGCCAGAUCGAGGCCUACCUCAAGAGGAGACAGAAGACCCAUGUGCCCAUGCUGCAGGUCUGGAGUGCAGACAAGCCACACCCCCAGGAAGAGUACCUGGACUGCUUGUGGGCUCAGGUCCAGAAGCUUCGUAAGGAUCGUUGGCAGGAGCGUCACGUGAUGCGUCCGUACGUGGCGUUUGACAGCGUGUUGUGUGAAGCGCUUCAACACAACCUGCCGCCAUUCACUCCCCCCGCACACACCCCCGACGCCGUCUACCCCAUGCCCAGAGUGGUGUUCAGGAUGUUCGACUACACGGACGCACCAGAGGGUCCGGUGAUGCCUGGUAGCCAUUCUGCAGAGCGCUUUGUGAUCGAGGAGAAUCUUCACUGCAUCAUCAAAUCCCACUGGAAGGAGAGGAAGACAUGCGCUGCCCAGCUCCUGAGUUACCCGGGCAAGAACAAGAUCCCCCUCAACUACCACAUUGUAGAGGUGGUGUUUGGGGAGCUGUUCCAGCUGCCGUGCCCCCCCCAUAUUGAGGUGAUGUACACCGCUCUCCUCAUCGAGCUCUGCAAGCUGCAGCCCGGAUCACUGCCACAAGUCCUGGCCCAGGCUACUGAGAUGCUGUACAUGCGUCUGGACUCCAUGCACACCACCUGCAUAGACCGCCUCAUCAGCUGGUUCGCACACCACCUCAGCAACUUCCAGUUCAGAUGGAGCUGGGACGACUGGGCGGACUGCUUGGCUCUGGAUAUUGAGAAGCCCAAACCCAAAUUUGUGAAGGAGGUUCUGGAGAAGAGCAUGAGGCUGUCAUACCACCAGAGGAUCGUGGAUAUUGUGCCUCCCAGUUUCUCUGCUCUCAUCCCAGUGGAGCCCAUAUUCAUCUACAAGUAUGGAGAGGAGACCAGCAGUUCGUUGCCUGGAUACCCGGUGACGGUAACCGUGGGCAACGCCAUCAAGAACAGGGCCACCAAUGACGAGAUCAUCACCAUCCUCAGAGAUGUACCCAACCCCAACCAAGAAGAGGAUGACGACGAGGGCGAGGCGUUUAACCCUUUGAAGAUCGAGGUGUUCCUGCAGACUCUACUGCAUCUGGCUGCCAAAUCAUUCUCGCACUCAUUCAGCGCCCUCGCCAAGUUCCAUGAGGUGUUGAAGGCCAUCUCUGACUCUGAUGAGGGCAAACUGCACAUCCUGAAGGUCGUCUACCAGGUCUGGAGGAACCACCCACAGAUGAUUGCUGUCCUGGUUGACAAGAUGGUGCGUACCCAGAUCGUGGACUGUGCGGCGGUGGCCAACUGGGUGUUUUCUCAGGACAUGGCGCACGACUUCUCACGGUUCUACAUGUGGGAGAUUCUGCACUCCACUCUGCGUAAGAUGAAUAAGCACGUCCAGAAGAUCCAGAAGGAACUGGAGGAAGCCAAAGACAAGCUGGAGAAACAGCAGCAUAAAAAGAAGGAGAGUGGAGAUGAGGAUGAUGCUGAGCGUAUGAGUGGUGAGGAAGACUCUGCUCGUGAUGAAGAGUGCCAGCUGGAGGAGACGAUCGAGAGGCUGCAGGAGAAAGUGGAGGCAGCGCAGAGCGAACAGAAGAACCUCUUCCUAGUCAUAUUCCAGCGUUUCAUCAUGAUGUUGACGGAGCACCUGGUCCGCUGUGAGACGGGAGGCAUCGACUACAACACCAGCUGGUACAAGAUCUGCAUCGAGAGGCUACAGCAAGUCUUCCUCAUGCACCAUGGGACUAUCCAGCUCUACAUGGGGACUCUGGAGCACCUGCUGUUCACGGCUGAGCUGGAUCCUCACAUCCUGGGGGUCUACCAACAGUUCUGCGCCCUGCAACUCUGAGAGACC